GAGGCGGGGAGUUGAGGGGUCCGGUUCUCAGGAAAGGACGUUUCAGUCACUGGCUGCGGUGUUGGGAGUAAGGGCAUCAUGUUUGAUCAGCGAUCGAGCAUCUCUAGCGCUCUGUCUUUGCAGAUAUCUGUGCCUUCUAAAGAGCAACAGAAAAUGACCAAGUCUCAGAUUGAACAGGAAGGUCCUGUACAGAGACUUGUGUCAUUCAAGGAUGUGACUGUGGACUUCACUUGGGAAGAGUGGCAGCAGCUGGACUCAACUCAAAGAAACCUGUACAGGGAUGUGAUGCUGGAGAACUACAGCAACCUUGUCUCAGUGGGGUAUCGGUAUCUGAAGUCAGAUGUAAUGUUAUUGAAGCAAGGAGAACCAUGGAUGGAGGGGGGAGAAAUCUCAAGUUGGGCCUAUUCAGACUUUGCAACUGGAAUGAAAGAAUUAACACCACAGAAGAGCAUUUCUGAAGAAGUGAUACUCCAUAACAUGACUGUAUACUCAACCUUUGAAGACUGGAAACUUGAAGAUGAGCAAAUGCAGGAAACUGAGAUUAUCACCAUUUUAUAGAUGAGGCAAGCCCAGAGAAGUUUCUUGACCUGGCUAAACCCAUGUGGCUGGUAAGUGGAGGGUUGGGAUUCAGAUCAACCUCUUAGCCUCCACACAAUUCUGUCCCACUGGAAACAUGGAGGACUGGGUGUCAUGUCACUUCAGCUCGACAGAAUUAAAAUGAACUUCACUGGACCUAAUAUGGUAUUCUGUAUUCU